AUGAAUCCUCCUUCACCACCUCUAUCAAUUGCCAAGAGGGCAGCCAACGUCUCCUGUGGCGCUGACCCAAGAAUGCCGGCCGGCGCUUGGGAUUCACAUCUUCACAUCAUGGACCCCGUGCGUUAUCCUCCAGUCGAAAACAUUCCCUACAAGCCCGCUGUUCAUAAUCUUUGGGAGAACGCGAUCUUUGAGAACAGCAUCGGGUGCGACCAUGUCUUCUUCGUUCAGACCGCAACGCAUGGAUAUGAUUUGACCCUCAUGAUGGACUCUAUGCGUGCGGUUGGGAAUCAACGAGCCCUAGGUCUUGCGUUGUUUGACCCACACACCACUUCACAUGAGCAUAUUCGCAGAUGGGAUAGCGAGGGUGUUCGCGCUGUACGCGUCAAUCUCGUGAGCUCAAGAGCCAGAUCAACAAAUUUCUUGCCCGCUCUUGGCGUGCGCGUUGUUUUUGAUCACUAUGGCGACCCAAGUCUUCCCAAGUCAACGGGUCCUGUGAACCCCUACGACAUCAAGGGCUUCCAAUCUCUGAUCCGCCUUUUGAAGACUGGGACGACUUGGGUCAAGAUAUCUGGCGCAUACCGCCUCAGCCAUCUUGAUUCUGAUGUCUGGGAGGAUCUCGACCCUGUCACGUUGGAGCUCUUUGAGCAAGCCCCGAAGCGAGUUGUGUUUGGCUCAGACUGGCCUCACACACGAUUUGAAGGUUUAGACGUUAGGCCUUGGGUGUCUCACUUGCUGGAUCUCACGGAAGGAAAGCAAUGGCUCCGGGAGAGACUCUUCAGGGAUAAUGCUUUGGAGCUUUGGGGAGUGAAUGAGACGCAGAGUACCUGUCAUGGAGACAGAUGA